AACAAACUGGGCAAUCUUGGAUUUCUCAUUCAUUUUUAACUAAAAAUGCACAAGCUUAACAUCUUAACCAAAAAAAAGUCAACAGAAACAAGUAGAUAAACAAGCAUGGCGGAUUUUUUAGGAACAACAGAUUUGGAUUUGAUGGAAGGAACCCCACCCACGGGGUCAAGCUUCCAUCAUCUCCUUCACCAUUUUUCCUAACAAAAUCCUCUGUUUCAGAGCUGUACCUAAGAUGAAAACCCAGAAAAUGGACAACCUCCUUCAGUGAGUUUUGGAAGCCCGGCGAUCCUCUUCUUCUUACUGCAGCAAUACCCAAACUCCAGAACCACAAGAGACAAGAGAAAAACCCCUCCUCUCAACUAAACCCCUCCUCUUCUCUCAACCACCCCUUUCUCCUCUCAACUAAAGCCCUCCUCUUCUCGGAAUUUCCCUUUACUGCUCUCAAAAAAACCAAACAGAGACUUCCAAAUCAACUCUGAAAAUCAACCACAGACCCCCCCAAAAGACCUCUGCCUUUUGCUCUAUAUAUACACCCAUAAUGAUAAAAAUAACAAUAAAAAAUGAAAUUUAAAAAAAAAAAAAGGAGAGCAACAGAGUAGAGGCGCGAGAUUUGGGCACUCUGUAGGCUCGGUGCAGCAGAGGGUCGGGAUUUGGGCGCAGAGUGCAGGAGGCGCAGGCUCGGUGCAGCAGCGUGCAGGGGGUGCAGCCGGGCUGGUGCAGGAGCAAGGGCAGGGGCGUGGUGCAGCAUGCAGGAGGCAGGCGUGGCAGGGGGUAGGGCAGAGCAAGGGUGUAGGCGUGUGGGAGGCAUGAUUGCCGGUGUGCAGAGGGGAGAGCAGGCGCAGUGUGCAGGGCUGGGCGCAGGAGCAGGGGAUCCGGUUUGGGCGAGGCCGAGCAAGGCCGGGCGCAGGUUCGCGGUAAGCAAAAGGGAGAAGGCUUGGGUGAGGAUGCAGAGCAGGGUUCGGGUGUGAGUGCAGAUCCGGGCUCGGGGGUGUUGGCGAGGGGGGCAGCAAGGCGCAGCUCAGGUAAGCAAGGGGCGUGUGGAAGAAGAAGAUUCUGGAAGAGAGAGAGGACGGGGACUUUAAAAUAUUUUUAUUUUUUUUUUUAAUCAGAUCAAAUUUUUUUUGUUUAGUUUUUUUGUUUUUUUUUUUUUGUUUUUUUUUUGGGUUUGUUUAGGUUAAAUGGGUUCGGUAUUUGGGCUUGGGUUUGGGUAAUUGUGGGUUUUGGGUUUUGGGUAAUUUUUGGUUUUGGGAUUUUGGGCUUGGGUAGUUGGUAGGCUUUGGGUUUUGGGUAAUUGGGUUUGAGUUUGGGUUUUGGUUUGAGUUUAAUGGAUUUUGGGCUAGACUUUGUAUUUCACCCCUUCAACUUUCUAUUUCUUCAAUUGAGUCCUUUCUCUCAUCUUUUCCAAUCUUCUUUGUAAAAUUUCCUUUUUGUCCCCCAUUUUUUUUUUUAUGAACCUAACAAGUAAAACAAAGACAAAACAUAUUAGUUAAAAUAAAAAUAAAAAUAAAAUAAAAUUCUACUAAAAUUUGAGUUAUGGCAAGCCUAUAUAAAGUUCUGAUUUGAGGGUUUGAAAUUUUCUCUGUCAAGGAACAAUAAAAAAAAAAAGAAAAAAGAGAAGAAGAAGAAAUCCUUUCUCUAAUGAGUCUAAGUCAGUUAGCAUAGCUAAAAGCUCAAUGGCUUAUGAUCGGUCUUCUAAACAUGGAAGGUUAGUUCAUAGGAAGGAGAUAUAUUUGAUUUGUCCACCUUGGCAUGGAAGCAGACAUUGUCUCAUAUGCUAAAGACUAGAUUGGUGGAGUUACAAAUAAAAUAAAUUCUUGAAGCAAAUACUUUAUAGCCUGAAUGCCUGAAGCACCAAAUACGCACUACUUUUAGGCAAGUGAACCUAAUCAAUUAUGCAGUAUAAG